UAGUUAUCACAUUUCUCUAAUAAUUAACAUUGUUCAAAAAAAUUUAAUAAUAUUUUUAUUUCAAUUGACAUUAAUAUUUAUUUUGUUAUUACUUAAUUAACACUUGGUACACUAUACGAGACUAUUGCGCCUUGUUCUUUUACUGGUAAUAUUUCUCUUACUUAUCUUCGUCGUUUAAAUGUAUUGAAAUUUACCACGAGCGGUGUCAUGUUGUUUCACGUUGCGCUGUGAACCGUGUGAUGAAACCCACUCGUUAACGGGCAUUCGAUUAUUUUUGUAGCAGUAAGCCUUUCCUCUAUACGUCUGUGUACGAUAACUGACGGGAUGAUUCUGUUCAUAUGUGAACAACAGUGAUGUCAUUGUUGUCAGUAGUAACUCGUUUAAUGUGUUUUUCCGAAUUCGAGUGAUUAAAGGGCUCAGGUGAAGUUAUAGAAAAAAGAUUAAAAUUGGGUGAAGUACUCUGAAAACGGAAUUGACUUCAAUCCUCUGAAUAAUGAAACGUUUGUCGAAGAAGCUGUGCCUGUAUUUCAUACUAGCGUUUUUAGUUGUCUGCUUAAUCAAUGUUUUAACGUCGAAAUACAACAAGGAAAAUGAUUUAAAAAGCUACGAUGAAAUGUUCAAUACCUUUUAUAACUACUCCAAAGAUAGUGGUUUGAAUGGUCCAAAAGUAUCUAUGGAUGACCCUAAUCUUAUACGAAAAUUACGAGAUCAUUUUCUCGUUAAACCUGCUGAAGAAAGCAAAGGUAGAAGAAUACGUUAUAAUCUAUCAGACAGGUCAUUAAUUGAUCCAUCAAUGGGACAAGCUAUGGAAAUAGCAAAAAUUAUUGAUUAUACAAAAGGAGGGUUUUUUAUUGAAUGUGGAGCUUUGGAUGGUGAAACUAGAUCUAAUACAUUAUAUUUUGAACGGUAUUAUGGUUGGACAGGGCUACUUAUUGAAGCUGAUCCUUUAAAUUUCAUUAAAAUGUUAAAAAAAGGACGAAGAGCUUAUUUAUCACCAUCUUGUCUUAGUGUUAAUCCUUAUCCUGAAAUAGUAUCAUUUCUUCAACGAAGUAAUAUGGGUCGUAUAGCAAAUGAUGAAGUUGUUGAAGACGAAGUUAUAUCAAAUGAUAUUGAAAAAAAAACAUCUCCUGUUGUAAAUGUUCAAUGUUUUCCACUCUAUACAUAUCUCCUAGCGUUAAAUGUAACUGUAAUCGAUUAUUUCAGCUUAGAUGUCGAAGGAUCCGAAUUAAAUGUAAUAAAAACUAUUCCAUUUGACAAAAUUGAUAUUAAAACUUUAUCAGUGGAAUUUUUUCAUGUUAAAGAAGGUGAUGAUGGAGUAAGAGCAUACUUAGAAGAAAAAGGAUACAUAGUUACAGCAAAAGUAACUAGACAAGAUCGUUUAGCAAAUGAUUAUAUAUUUGCUAAGCCAUCAGUGCUUACAAAAAAUGUAUCUUUCUAUAUUACUUAAUAUCAAGGUCUAUAAUUUUAAAGGUGUAAGUUAAUAUUUAACAGACUGAAGUGAUAAAUUGACUUUAUAUUAUCAACUAAUACUUGAUUAAUAUCAAGUAUUUUAAUGAUAUUUUUAGAUUGUAUUAGAUAUGUUUGAAUUUUUUAACAGUCUUUAUG